GUGCGCGUUUGGAGAGAUGAUGGCUAGCUAUGAAGCGCUGCUGCUAGUCCAUGUACAGUAGAGAUUACUGUAUCGGGUUGUUCAGGAUGGGUUGUGCUAUCUCAGGGUUGGGUUUGGCGCCCAAGAACACAACAGAAGCCGCGAGUGAAGACGACGCGCCGCAUCUCACCAGCGAGCACAUCGCUAUGAUCAAGGAGUCGUGGAAAGUUAUUCAGGAGGAUAUUGCCAAAGUUGGGAUCAUCGUGUUUGUCAGGUUGUUCGAGACUCAUCCAGAGUGCAAAGAUGUCUUCUUCCUGUUCCGUGAUGUCGAGGACCUGGAAAGGCUGCGCACUAGCAAGGAGCUGCGAGCCCAUGGUCUCCGAGUGAUGUCUUUCAUUGAGAAGAGUGUGGCCAGGCUUGAUCAGUUAGAGCGGCUGGACUCGCUGGCUGUUGAGCUUGGGAGAAGCCACUACCGCUACUACGCACCUCCUAAGUACUACGGGUAUGUAGGAACAGAGUUCAUCUGCGCAGUCCGGCCAAUUCUGAAAGAAAAAUGGACCCCUGAACUAGAGAAGGCAUGGAAGACUCUGUUCCAGUACGUGACUUGGCUGAUGCGACGGGGUUACAACGAAGAGGAAGAGGAAGCCAAACGAAACAACACAGUCGGCUCGAGCAGAGAGCGGCCCGACAAGCGAAACACAGCGCUUUAAAACUUCAGCUUUAGUUUUCUUGUUUUAUGUUCCUUAGUUGUGUAUAUAGUGGUGUAAUUUACUGAUUUUACAUUGCUUAACAUUUCUUUGAAUAUCAAAUAAGAAAAACUUCUGUUCUGGGCAGUGGUAACAGCAAAACAAGUUAAACAAAAACAGGCCCUACUGAAGGGUAAAUUAGCCUGACAACUAUUACACAGAAAAAGCCUCAGCCAGUGCUGGACUGGGACACUGUUUAUUUCGAACUCAGAAUAAGUUAACCGCUCAUCUAAACAUUGUGAUACUUGCUCAUUGCACUGUUUGGGCCAACAACUGAAACAAUAACUCUAAACCUAGAAAUCCACUGUGCUGCAUGGUUUUGUGCCAAAAUGCAUGGAAGGGAGGGGGGAGAUGUAGGGGG